GGUGGUUGGUCCGGGGUGAUAGCUAUGGAGACGGGGAUGGGCGGGGCUUGUAGGUGACGCUGACGGGGAGGGGCGGGGACAGCUGUCAGUGGUACCCGGGCGGCGGAGGAGGCAGGAAGUCAUGGUGAUGUGAGGCGGCUGAGCGAUGGCGGACGGUGACGCAGGUGCAGCUCCAUGUUUGCUUUAGUGCUGCACAGAUAGGUCUCUUCCAUGCUGCGGCUGCUACAGACUCCAUUUCUAUUAGAAAAUGAUCACGUCCCUUAGAUCUUUUAUGCUGCUUCUCUGUGUAAAUAGUUUUUUGACCAUCAAAGCCAAACACAUCCUCCCUGAACUAACCACCGAUAACUAUUCAGACAGUCUGGUGCCCGGGAAGACGUCUCUCCUGUAUUUCAGCAGCUCAGGUCUUUCUGGUAACGUCAUAUUCCUGGAAGAAUUACAGAAGUCUUCCAGUGUUCUACACGACUACGGGAUUUCUGUAGCCAAGGUCAGCUGUGUCCAGGAAGAGGCGCUACGGUUCUGUGCAGAGAAAAAUGCCUAUUUAUUCAGGGGGUCUAAGUUGCUGAGAGAAUUCCCCACGGACACACUGUUUGAUGUCAACGCCAUUGUUGCCAAUGUCUUAUUCGUCCUGCUAUAUAAUGAAGUCAAAUACAUCACCUCCAUACUGGAACUCCAGAAAUUAGAAGAUGCCAUGAAAGGGAAGAAGAACAUUGUUUUUGCCUAUGUCCGGGCCAUUGGGACGCCAGAGCACCGCUAUGUCAUGGAAGCCGCUUUUGUGCAUGGAUCGGCGCAUCAGUUUGUUGUAACCACGGAAAGUAACGUACUGAAGAAUAUGAGCGCUGAAGACCCCAGCCUGAUACCGGCGCGCCUUGCGUUCCUCCAUUGUAAAUCCACGAAUCAGAAAUGUCGCAGAACGUUUUCAGAUCAGCCUCUGACCAACAUCCACCUCCAUCGCUUUGUGAAGCUCAUGGCGCUCCCCAUAGUGGUUGAGGCCUCCGGGGAUCCCGAUAAGUUUAGCAGCGUUCACCUCCAGCUCGGCUUACCCGUGAUUUUCAUCCUGAGUCAGAAGGAGACCUAUGAGGCUGAUAUGGAGACGGCGGAGGAUGUGGCCUGGCAGCUGCUGGGGAAGGCCGGCCUGGCUGUAUUAUUGAGGGAGACGUCCGGGAUAAACAUUCCUGUCACCUACAACGUGGCCGUGAAGAGACCAGAUGAUAUCUCACCGGUAAAGUACCUGACACUGGAGGAGACUCGGCAGAUCCUGGACCUCGUACAUGUGACCAAUGAGGAGCAGCCGGAGAAGCCUGAAGAUUUACACGGUGACCCAGAAGUCCAGGAUGAUGAGGUCGCGGUGAACGUAUAUGGAAGCAGAAGGCCCGGGCCCCCCCUGCCGCCGGUAGCAUCGCUCACACAUGACACUUUCGGGAUGGCCUCCUCCAGUGCUCGCCCUACGGCCGUCCUCUUCUACACGAUCUGGGAACACGUGUCUUUAACUUUUCUACAGUCUUUUCUGGAGGUGGCCGAGAAACAUAAAGAGACACUGAACGUCUCGUUGGCCUUGGUGAACUGCGCAGACUGGACGGAUAUCUGCACCGAGGAGGAGAUCACGAGCGUCCCGUCAGUGAAGAUCUACCAGUCUGGGCAGGAGCCAUUCCUCUACCGAGGCAUUAUGGGCACCGAUGAGCUGGCACAGUUUCUCAUGCUGUUUACCCUGCAAUGUCCCCAGCGGUUAUAUACAAUGAAAGAAGCAGAGGACUAUAUCAGUGGGACGAUCCACAAGCGGUUACUACCCUAUCACACCAUCUCAGUAUUAGGAUUAUUUGCCCCUGGUAUGGAUGAAGGUGAAGAUUUUGUCAGAGCAGCAAGAAACCUAAGAGGUUGUGCAGCAGUGGGGAUAUACAUCGGAGAAGCAUCAUCUGUCUUGGCUCAGCAGUAUGGCACGUUCCCUCCCGCUGUCCUGUUUUCCAGACACUACGUACAGAAGGUCAAUGCCGUCUCCAUCCACAACACUCCUGCAGACGGGAUCCUUCCGCUCCUCAGAUGGGAACUUCUCGGAGAGUUUCCAGAGGUCACCGUUGAGUCGCUUCCUGACCUCAUGAAGCACCAGAAGCCCCUACUUAUCCUCUUCUCAAAUGGUGUCCUCAGCCCCCACCACGAAAAACACAUUUUAAGUUUGGUGAGAGGGAAAUACCUGAAGCAGUAUGUGACCAGCUGGUUAAAUGUUAAGAAGACUCCGGCGGGGCUCCUCGUGCUGAAGACGUAUUUCAGUCUUAUCCCACCUCUCCCGCAGCUUCUUCUCAUCACUUUUGACUCUCUGGGACAAGUCUUUGCUCUCCCCGUAGACCAGCACCUCAGUGAAGUCACCAUCUUAUAUUGGCUGGAAAUGAUCAAAGCCGGAGAGGAAGUUCCCGUCUACUUUCUAUCCAAAGCUGACUGGGGGGCUCCGCUCCCGCACUACGAUUUUCUGGCCAUGAUGGACGAGGAGGACCUCGGCUUGGCUGCUCAGAAAAUUCGGAUCCAUAUGAAAACCGGCAGAAGUAAAAAAGCUGCGCUGGCCACCGAAGAUGAAGACAAAGAAGAGAAGAGACCAAGGGCGGCGACCAGUCUGCGGGGAACUAUCCCCAAAUUCUUAGACAAAGGAGAAGAAUCCGUUCAACAUGAGGAACUAUGAAGAUUAACAAAGGUAUCCGGGGUCUGGAACGAAAUUCUUAUGUGGCCACGUUUUCCAGGGAGCACUACAUCAAAAACUGUCCCACCACCAUUCUUUACACUGCAGCUCUGCCUGCUUAAAGAGAACCUCUCAUGAUCUUGUUAUAUUUUAUAAUCCUCCCAGAUCACUGCCCCAUCAUGAUAAACCACCUCCUGCCUUUAUUUUUAUAAUUUUUUUAGUUUUCUACCUUGAUAUUGCUCUGUAUUUCCUGCUCAGUCUCAGUCAGAUUCACAAACUGUAAAAGGGGCGUUCCCCAGCAGCUGUGACAUCAUCUGAAGCCAUACAGGGGAGAACCUCCUCCCUCACUCUGCUACACACAGCCCAGAGCAGUUCAGUGUGAGAUGAGCUAUGAUUGGCUAAAGCUGCACACACACCCCUCAGCACUCCAGACUGAAUUUCCUGAUUUUGGACUUCUGCCAGCCCAGCAAGAGUCCAAAGUCUGUGCAAGAGUUGGGGGAAAAUGUGCUCUGGACAAGUAGGGAGACACCUAGUGGCAGCUUUUUUAAACACAAAUAAAACAUUUUUUUUUUUAUUUUUUUUUACCAUAAGUAGUGCAAUAGCAAAAAAUUUGUUUUAAUGAGAGUGCCCAUUUAAAUUUGCUGCUUUGUAUAAGUUCCCCAAGACAUGUGAUGAAUGGAUUGUGCAACUAAGCAAGUAGUCACUUACCGUAAAUGUAAUAUGGACACAUCUUUACAUCUGUAUUAUAGCUGCAUGUCCUGGUCUGACCGCAGAUCCGAUAAGCAGUGUUUUUCCACGUAGUGUACCUCCAGCUGUUGCAAAACUACAACUCCCAGCAUGCCCGGACAGCCGUUGGCUGUCCGGGCCUGCUGGGAGUUGUAGUUUUGCAACAGCUGGAGGCACACUGUUUGGAAUACUCUGCAAUAAACUGCCCCAUAUUUUUCUUUCUCUGGCAUAAUGCAGUAUUUGUGGUAUUUUUCCCACCCAAAACAGUGUGUAUUAGUAUAGGCGGUUUUUUUUAUUGGCGUUUUUAUGUGUAGAUUACAAGUCAUGUGAUUCUUUCAUCAUGUGACUUAAGGAUUUCUAUUGAAGAAUUAGGAGGGAAAGAAUAAAAAAUGCGCACAUAUCUAUACACUUUGUGGGUUUUUUCCUGCCAUUUUUUUUUUUUUAACCUAUAAAAGUCUAUGGGAGAAAAAAAAAUUUAAUAAAGAAAAAAGAAAAAAAUUAUAUAUACAUAUAUGUAAAACAAAAAACGCCAUAGUCUGGGUCUGCAGCUAUUUUGAGAAACUGCCCUGAGCCAAAAAAAUUUACGAAAAGCACCAUUGAAGUGAUGAGGUUUUAUACUUCCCUAUUGACUCCCAGCAUAAUUUUUGGCCGAAAAAAACGCCAUGCGGCAAAUAUGGGGAUGUUGGGUGUUUUCGGACGGAAAACCUGUGUCCGUUUCCAGCCUAAGGGCCCUUUCAUGAUGCGGAUUGUUCGCUUAGAAAAGGUCCGGGCUGACAUUCCACAGCAGUGUUUUCCAACCAAUGUGCCUCCCGCUGUUGCAAAACUACAACUCCCAGCCUUUGGCUUUCCAGGCAUGCUGGGAGUUGUAGUUUUGCAACAGCUGGAGGCACCCUGGGUUGGGAAACACAGUUGCAUUAUGAUGGAAAUCUGUAGAGGUGCAGAGGCAGCAGUUUUCCUGGCCACAUAAGAAGCCAACAGUAUUAUAAGUGACACAUGGACGGGGACCCAGGAGCUUCAUGACUUUCUGCCUCUACAGGGAAACCCUUCCCCACAUGGACUGUGUCUUUGCAUCCUUAAUAAAUGUAUUUUUACCACA